AUGGAUGAGUUAUUACAAAAGUAUGAAAUAUUUUGGGCCCAAAGGUGUAGAAUAAAUUGGUUGAAACAUGGAGACAAAGACACGAAGUUUUUUCAUGCUAAAGCCAUACAAAGGAGAAAUAAAAAUCAUAUUAGCGGUAUCCAAAAUGCACAUGGACAGUGGGUGGAGAAUUUGGAGAAGGUUGUUGAAGUUGCUUCAGCCUAUUUUGAUAAUCUCUUUCAUGCUGGUGUGGGAGAUCAGAUGGAGGAGUGUCUGAAUGAAACUCAGGCUAAGGGUGAGAUUAUAGCAAAUAUUCUCCAAACUUAUGAAAGAGCUUCAAGGCAGAGCAUAAAUUUGGAAAAGUCUUCAGCUUAUUUCAGUAGCAAUACUUCAGAUGGCCAGAAACAACUAAUCUUGGGGAUUCUGGGAGUUAAGGAGGUGAAUAGAAUUGAAACUUAUCUUGGCUUACCAACCUUGGUUGGGUGGGCUAAGUAUCACACUUUUUCAUAUUUGAAGGAUAGAAUAUGGAAGAAGAUUCAAGGUUGGAAGGGCUUGAUGUUGUCAAGAGUUGGUAAAGAAAUACUAAUCAAGGUUGUGGCACAAUCCAUACCCACAUAUACAAUGAGUGUGUUUCAACUCCCACAAAAAUUAUAUGAUGAACUGGAUGCUCUGUGUGCAAAGUUUUGGUGGGGUCAGGUGGGGAGUGAAUGA